CUUUAUGGAUCAGUCUAACUAAGGGGUGCGGGGUCGCUAAUGGGCUUAGAAGAUUCCAAAUUUGACGGACAAUACCAUCUUAGUUCGAUUAAAUAAUAUAGUGGUAAAACUAUUAUUUCCAAUAGAGUAGCUGCUGACCAACGAUGGAGGACCCCCCAAGUCCUGCCAGUAACCAUAACUGGGAACAGCCAGACCAGAGUCAGUUUGUCACGGCAUCCUCAUCCUCCAUGAAUCCAGCAUCACCGACACCGCAACAACCACAGCAGUAUGACAACAACGCACAGUCCAUACAGGCUUAUAACCAUGUACAGGGUCCUGAUUUUGAGGAGACACACUACCAGUCCAUGCGACCCUCAGCUACGUUCUCCGGGGAGUACAGCGGACAGCAGGCAGACGUGUACCAGGCCGCACACUCCACGUAUGAGAGGAUAUCCCCAGUGGAUGACUACCGCGAGGUGGCGGCAGCUGCAGGAAGUGAUGGGAUAUCUUCCUACUCAGCGAUCCAGCCGGCAGAAGCACCCCAGGUUAUACGGAUGUCCGCUGUAGACAGCAGCUCCCUUCAGCAACAGGGUUACCAAGUGCAUCAAGUGGUUUUGGACCAAGAUCAUCGAGUUGUGGCUGUACAGAGAGUUAUCUCCCCUGCUGACUGCACAGUCAGUCAGUCAUCUCUCAGUCUCAGACAAGAUGGCUCUGAGGCACAGCCAAACACUGCUCUACUGCCUGUGCAACCUCAACCAAGUGGUGCCCCCUCCUAUGUGACGGUGCAUGUGACGUCCAUGCCACAGUUUGCGUCACACGGCGAGGUCAGCACCUCUGGGGACUCCCCUCUCAUGUCCCAGUCGGCCACACUUGAGGACAGAGACGCCCACAGAGCGGACGACCGCGACCUUGACAGUCUGAGUGGGGAGCCGGACACCACACAGGAGGAUGUCCACGACUACAGCCACGCACAUGCGUCCCGCAGCUACCUGCACCCCUCCACCACCUACUCCAACACCACCUCGGCCAUGGACUCCGAGGCCCUUCACUCCACCAUGCCAGUACCAUCCUCCCUCACCACCUCCAGCAGCCAUGUGGUGAUGGACACCACCAUGGACAGCAGCCACCUCUCCUCCUCACACGAGGCGGCCAUGAGCUCCUCCCUGGACACCUCGCUGCACACACCCGGGGAUGUCAUCGUCAUGGAUGCUGGCAUGGAUCGGUCGGUUGGGAGCUCCGCAAUAGGACCAGAUCUAGCCCAGGCAGUGGCGGACAGCAUGGUGACUGGCAGCGAUGCAGCUCUGGGGCAGGUGUACAGCAGGUCCAUGGACGAUGACGACAAGGAGAACGACCCUCAGUCAAGUCAUGGGCGAGUCAGUGCGUCGGUGAGGAAGUCCAGCCGUAUUGCAACGUUAGACCAGGAACAGGCCUCCACAUCCUGGCGUCGCCGCCACACUUACGUUCCCAAACCCUACAACUCAGAUGAACUGUGGUGUGAGGAGUGUAUGACCACCUACCCAACCGAGUGUCCUGUCCACCGAUUGUCCAUAGUGCUGGACAAGGUGGUGCUGUCUCGGGCAUGGUCAAGUCUGCCACCGCAACUACAGAUCUACCGCCUCAGUGAAACAGGAGGGGCAGACCUGGGAGUGUUUGCGAAGAAACCAAUCCCCAAGUAUACCCAGUUUGGUCCCUUUGUGGGAGAUUUGGUGGAUUCCCAGGAGAAAGUCACUGUGCACAAAUUUCCACUAAUGCUGGACCGGUCUGACAACACUCUGGCCUACUUCGAGACCUCUGAUGAGAACAAGUGUAACUGGAUGAUGUUCGUAAGACCGGCAGAGAACUUCAUGGAGCAGAAUUUAGUGGCCUACCAGCACGGCCAGGACAUCUUCUUCACUGUCACCAAAGCCAUCGACACAAGACAGGAACUGAAGGUUUGGUACGCAGCCCACUAUGCCACCAGGAUGGGGCUGAAGACCCAUGACAUGACGCAGGAGGACAGAGAUGCGCUUGAUGAGCAGGAAUACCGCUUCCCAUGUUACGAGUGUAACAAACGCUUCAAGACAUCGGUAGCGCUACAGCGCCAUCUGCUGGGGCAUGAGGAAGGCACAGCGAACCAAGGUGAUGAUGAUGAAUUCGAUGAGAAGGUUGAAGUCCGCAGUAAGGCCAAGAAACGAUUGUUCACAAAGGGAAGUCUCUUCAAGGCACGGGCUAGAGCAGGGAAGAAGGACGGUCUUGGAGAAACAUCAGGUUACCAGUGGAAGAAAAAGUCCACCAGUAUCUACUUGAACAAGACCCUGAAGAAGUAUCAGCGUCGGCCUCACACGGAGAAGAUCCGCCAGACCAUCAAGUCUCUCUACAAGAAGAAGGGCAAGGACACUGGUGGGAAUGAGUGGGUGUGCAUGCACUGUGACCUCACCUUCGACAACUCUAACCUCCUAAAUUUGCAUACGCUGACCCACGCUGCAGAAGAUGUUGGUUUGGAUGAAAUCAAGAAAUUUGCGUGUGAUGUAGGAGAAAUGCAGAACGCCAACUCAGAUAGUGACAUGCGCACUGAGGAUGGUGAAAUUGUUAGCAUGGAGACGUACCUAGCCUGUCCAAUGUGUCACCGACAGUUUGCUAAUAAGAGAGACCUAAUAGACCAUGCCUCUGAACAUGGAAAAAGCAAGAAGAAAUUGCUGAAUCCAAACAGGCCUCAUAAGUGUGAAAAAUGUUGGAAGGCAUUUGGCUCUCAGGAUCGUCUCCAGAAGCACAUGUUGUGUCACGGCGAGGAGGACAGCAAGCCUCUGCAGUGUGAUGUGUGUUACAAACGCUUCAUGAACAACUCCGCACUGGCCUGUCACAUGAAGACUCACAGUGACAAGAAGUACUACGAGUGUCCCAUAUGUCGUCUUGGAUUUGACCAGAUCACCACCAUGAAGAAUCACAUAGUUCUCCACGCUCAGAGCGGAUAUUUUACCUGCCCUGAGUGUGGGAAGCAGUUUGAUGAUUAUCAUAUUAUUCGUAAACAUAUGAAGGCGUUCCAUUCUGAAAAACGUUAUCCAUGCCCUGAGUGUGAUAAAGUGUUUCCUCGACAGGACAAACUGAAGCUUCAUAUGCUAAGACACUCUACUCAUCGUGAGUUCAUGUGUGAGAACUGUGGGCGUCAGUUCAAACGAAAGGACAAACUAAAGGAGCAUAUAAAACGGAUGCAUUCUCUUGAGCGGGAGGUGAAAAAUGCUCAUAAAGGUGACAAGUCUCCAUCCAAGAAAUUCAUUCCGAAAGUGUCUCCAACUGACUAUCACAGGUUUAUCUACAAAUGCCACACCUGUCUGUUAGGGUUCAAGAGACGAGGCAUGCUGGUCAACCAUCUUGCCAAGAGGCACCCAGAGAUUAAACCUGACCAGGUACCUGAACUCAAUCUCCCCAUCUUGAAAACCCAGCGAGAUUACUAUUGUCAGUAUUGUGAUAAAGUAUACAAAUCAAGUUCCAAACGGAAGGCUCACAUCAUCAAAAACCACCCUGGUGCAGAUCUGCCAAUCAGCAGCAGGAAGAAAUGCCUCAUCCCGGAGAUCCCCGGACUUCCAAACCCGACCUAUUCCCAGACAGUGGGCUCCAUCACGACCAUGCCCCACUCAUGUCAGUUCUGUCAUAAGCAAUACGCCAGCAAGGCUAAACUGAUGCAACAUCAAAGGAAGAAGCAUCCUGACUAUGUUCCCCAGUUGCCGGACCGACCCAAGAUGAAGGAUGAACUUCCUCUUCUUGAAGCUGCCCAGCAGCCUGAGCGUUACGAAGAGGUGACCGCAACAGUCCAGGGAGCGCAGCCUGAGACCCUGCAAGCUGCUGAUCUGCUGACCCAGGCCAUGAGUGAGCUGACUCAGACACUGCAGGAGUACAGGCCAGGGGAGUUCCACAUCACGUCCCGCCUCCCGACCAUGGUGAUCACUCCAGCCCAACACCCCAGCCAGCAGCACACCACCAUCGAGCUCAGCCAUCUCGGACACGCCCUGGCACACACACAGUUUGCUCAGGUUGCCACUUCAGGAGCCACAGUAAUUGCUGCCGCGCCACCUCCAACAGGCCAGCAGGCAAUUGUUGCUGGUCAUCCUGUAUCAGUGUCGGUCGUCACAACCAACCCAGGACAAACUCAAACUAUUCAAGUUCCAGUCUCAACAUGGGCCAAUUAUCAGACUUACCGAUAGAGAGGCAGCCAGUCCUUGGGCAACUUUCUUGAACAGAUUCAGAGCCUGGAACAUCUUACAUAUCUUUCUCCAGAAACAUUGCUUAUCUACAUCCUCUAUUAUAUAUUUCAGGCUAUUGUUUGAUAUUUUGAUAAUAUUUGGCUACGUUCUUUGAUCUAUGAUGUCUAUUUGUAUGAACUUGUGUUGAAUGGGAUCAGCUUUUGUCUUGCUAAUCAGCUUGAGGAAACACAAAACUUGUAGUUCACAUGUGAAACAUUAAGAUACGAUGUCCAGACGUGUCACAACUCAUGAUGUAUGCCAGUAACUGGUACACUUCCCUUACCCAAGUCCUGGCUCUGACUGAUACAUUGCAUUUCAACACAAUGCCAGUGCUCCGUGCUGACGGUAAUUGCAGUUACUGCCCUUCCCAGAUCUGUUUUCACCCGGCUCUGCUCGUCCGCUGUGUGGGAUGCAGGAAAUCAAAGCAUGGUGUCUUUGCUUAAUUUUCAAGUAGUGAUGUUUUAUUUCACCUUUUGGGUUGUGAAGUCCUACAUGUACCAGCAUACAUCGUCUCAUUAAUAUAUCAUACGCUUGUCUUGUAGGUAUAGUAACCAGUCUUGUUAAUAUAAUGUUGCUUUAUGAUAUGAUGACAAAGUGAAGACAACCGUUCAUGUUGGUGUGUACUCACCUCACAGUCACACUGGAACUGCGUCCUGUACAGUGCUUUUCUCACAUGUCUGAAUGCAUUGUCUGCCAAUAUUGAAUAUUACAUAUAUAUUAUGUAUACUGACAAUCAGAGAGUUUAUAUGGAAGGUUGAUCUGUUCUGUUUAAGUUUAUUUAUUUAAUGUGUUUUUUGUUAUAACAUGCUGUCUGAGCAAAUAUGAACAUUCGAGUAAGCAUUCUUUCAAGGAAGUUUAGUCCUGAUAUGACCAAGAUGGUCUUUUUCUGUAGAGAUAUUAUGGUAUUUCUGGCAUCAGUCAGGUAGUGACAGAGAACCACAUGCUGAUGAUUGGUGGCGCUAUGUGAUGGCAUUCAGCGUGUCCCCUUUGAUUCCCCAGCCCCUUUGAUGGGGUCUCGGGUCCACUGUGAUAGGUUCACAUCAUGGUGUAAUAGAGAUUGGUGGCGCUAUGUGAUGGCAUUCAGCGUGUCCCCUUUGAUUCCCCAGCGUAUGGGGUCUCGGGUCCACUGUGAUAGGUUCACAUCAUGGUGUAAUAGAGAUGUAUGGUACACUGGGUAGUCGUGGAUCCAAGCUUGUAGAACAGGCAACUGUUGACAAGUCUGUGAGUCGUAAUAGACAAUGUGGUAAUAUUUAUUUUAUGGUAACAUUACUUUGGUUGAACGACAUGCUUUACCAGCAUGACAGAGCUGACACGUGUUUGUUUGCUAGAUAUGCUUCCUUGAGAGUUGCAUGGUCCUGACAUUACUCUUCAGUGUAAUAAAACCUUACAAUUGA